CACCAGGAUAUCCCACCUUCUAUCCGUAAAUCCAACCUCAUUCAACUUUCCACACUUCGAGACCGCGAACGACGUUGCAUUUACAAGCGUCCUGUUGGGACUCGUAUGACCAUUAACAAUUAAAUAAGCGGGAAGGAUUCUCAGGGUAUAUCUAUUUCCAGGCGGAGGCAGAAGCAUAGCUGGGCCCACGACCUUUCUUAAGCCAAAACGGGUCAGCACACGACAUCACCUUCGACAUCGCGAGCGACGACAUAAUACAACUCUUAACGACAUGGUGUAUCUCAAGACAAGCCAGGAAUGGCUCGACCAGUCCAUGGCCCUCCUAGAGGCCCGUCCUGCCACCACUCUCAUUACCACAACAUACAAGCUCAAGCCUGGCCCUACGCGACCCGAUGCAGACGGCGACACACCCGUCACAAAGCCCCCACGCGGCGCUCUUGUCCUCAAGGCCUACGAUCCCAUCAGCGGCGCGACCAUCAAGUACCGCACCACCAAGGCGCAAGAGGUCACUCGGUUGAUACAUGCCUCCCUGGGCCGGCUAGGAAGAAGUAUGGCUGCGGUGCCGGAUGUACCUGAGGUGACAAUGGCAGAUGGCGAUGUUGCAACUCCUGCGGAGGAGUCACAAGCUGCUACGCCGACACCGCAGGCUGCACAAGGGGGUGGAGGCGGAAAGAAGAAGAAGAAGGGCAAGAAAUAAGACAUCCGAGGUCGACGAGUUGUUUUAAGUGCUGGCAGAUUCGAUCCAUUUUUGUGGAUUCAGGAUUGAUGAUCAUGGAAUGGAGGUUACAGCUGAUGACAUUCGAAAAAAGCAGCAUUGUUAAAUGCAGAGUUGUUCGAGAGAUGCCCCUCUGCAGACUUCUUCCGGUCUCAAGCCUCCCUUCGUUACACGAAACCAAGACACAGCCGGGUCUUAUCAAGUUCAUUGCAAUAAACUUCAACCAACAGUAGAGGACUAAGGGCGGGCAAACAGGGAGGGGCACACGUCACAGGCAGUAUUCCAGAGUAUACUAAUCUAAUCAAUUCAUCUCUAUCCAGGAGUGGUAAAGUAAUAUCGUCAUCCAUAAAUACGAUCAAGCCGUCAAUGCUAUUUUCAUCCACCCUAAGUCCAGAUCCCCAAACGCCGUGUCGAUCCGUGCAAAGUCAGCUUCCGGAUCCAAAUUAUGAUUGCGACCUU